ACCUUAAACAACAUUUUUAAUUGCCUUAAUACAAACAUAUACGAAACUGCAUCAUUUUGUAAUAGCAAAUAUUGUAUUACACACAUCUCAAAAUGUCUUAUAUGCUAUCGCAUUUGGAAAAUGGCUAUCAAGUCGAUCAAGCCAUUCUGUCGGAAGAAGAUAGAGUCGUGGUGAUUCGCUUUGGACACGAUUGGGAUCCGAUGUGUAUGAAAAUGGAUGAAGUACUCUAUAAUAUCGCAGAGAAAGUUAAGAACUUUGCUGUUAUUUAUUUAGUGGAUAUCACAAAAGUGCCAGAUUUUAAUAAAAUGUAUGAACUGUAUGACCCAUGUACAGUAAUGUUCUUCUUCAGGAACAAACACAUCAUGAUAGAUUUAGGUACUGGAAACAAUAACAAAAUAAAUUGGACUUUGGAGGACAAACAGGAAAUGAUCGACAUUAUUGAAACAGUUUACAGAGGUGCAAGGAAAGGUCGAGGUUUAGUUGUCUCUCCUAAAGAUUAUUCUACUAAAUAUCGAUAUUAAUUUAUUUGUAAAAUAUAUGAACGUUUUUGUAUUUUGAAGAUAGAUAAUGCUAUAUUUAUUUCAAGGCAAUACAUUACAUCAGAACUGGGAUUUAGUUGUACAUUUCGACCGAUUUUCAGCUUGAUUCCCUUUAUUUUUACUUCAACCCGCGUACAGCCUGAAUGCCGAUCGGUCAUCGAACCAAGCUGAAAGCCGAAAAGUGCAACUAAAUCCCAACUGUGCAUUACAUGAAAGAAAC